UUGAAGAACACCAUCAUGCGAUUGGCUCGUUCCAGAAGUUCUAGACUAUAUAUUGCAUCUGUGCUGAGUAAUCACUCUACUUCUCCAAGAGACUCUACACAUUCACUUUGCAAGAAAAAGAACAAGAUGAAAGCUCUGGUGUUGUUGAUGUGUUUUGUGGGCUACACAGUAGCCGCCCCAGCACCUGAAAGUGGCAGCCAAGAGCAGCAGAUAGCGGCCCACGCUCACACAGCCCUGCAGCUGAUGGAACUCUACCGACUGUACGGCCACCUGCAGCAUCAGGGCAUUGCAGCUUCUGCUCCACUUCAGGUACAAGCUCAGCCUGCUCAAGCACCACAGCCGGGAUACUUGGUCAACUACCGUGCGUUGCCCCCUAGAGAAGAUGACUCGGAUGAAGAAGCACAGCCCCAACAUGUUGGUGCAUUCUACCCACCCUAUGGCUACCCAGCUGUACCUGCAGCCCCCGCAGCCCCGCUGAACUCAGAUGAAGCCGAGGGUGCAGAAGAAGCCGAAGGUGCUGAGGCAGCAGAAGCCGAAGCCGAACCCGUCUCUGAGGCCCCAGUCACGGACCUAGCCCCUGCUGCUACUGCUGUUGACCCCAUCGUAGUUGACACCCCAGUGGAGGUUGAGGUUGGCAUUGAGGUUCCUAUUGCUGCAACCGUCCCUGCCACAGACAUCCUUAAUGCUGCUGCCGAAGCAGCUGCUGCUGUUGAUCCCGCUCUGGUCCCCCAGGGGGCACCAGUGGCUGUGGAGAUUGACACCACAGUUGUGGGGCCGGACACUCAUUUUCAUUAGGAGGCAAUGCCCCUGCGCAUCCAACUGAUCACUGCAGCAUUUUGGCACAAGGGUGGGGUUAGUUUAUGGAACGAUGCCAUGUGACUGGCUAGAACAAGAGUAUGCUGGUAUAGGGAGGUAAAGAAAAUCUAUUUUUUGGCUGGAGGCUGCUUUGUGUGAACCUCAUUGUGAGAACUGAAGGUUUGUGAUUGUGUGGUAGCCUCAUGUGUGAUAGUUCAGUCCUUUCUCUGUAUUUUUGUCCUUUUUCUUUGAAUAAAAAUGUCCAUCUUUA